GCGACACGGUAACCUAUUUCUCUUAAAAUUCCUUCUUUCCCGGAUGUCUACUUCCUCCCAUCCACAGUGAUCAUGUCGGAAACGCAGGAAAUAGUUGCUGACCGAGGGGGUGGGUCAGGGAGGAAACCGCAGACCAACCUUGUGCAGGGAACCUCAGCGGCGGGAGCUAGAGCUUUGGGAGCGCAGCUUAUCGCGUUCUACUUUCGGGCCCCGGUGAAAGCCUUCUUUAGACUGCGGGUGGAUUAUAUGGUAUCUCCGCACUUCUUGCGAAUGUUGGGCGACGGAACGGCUGAUGAGGAUAGCACGUUCCAAGGGCUAUAAAUCCAAGAGUUCAAGCGAAUGAAAGAUGGUCGUUAAAACAGUCCACUCCCGGGCUUCUUUUUCAUGCGGUAAAGCACCAUGGGUGGAAGUUCAUCCCUAAUCAAGGUAUUACUAUGCAAAUCCUACCUCCGCUACGCAUAUCCUCGCUCACGAGGAACAUAGUUCUCCCGCCGCUAGUAGCAAAUGCAAGCAUUGGCACGAUCCUCUAUACUUCGUACCUACAAGUCCUUGGAAGCCUUCAUCAACCCUCCUCACAACCUACAAGACGAGUCUACCCACCACCCCCAUUUAGUGCGGCUUUCCAAGCCGGCUCCGCAGCUGGAGCCAUCCAAUCCCUCGUCGCAGCGCCCCUCGACGCCCUAGUAGUCCGCUUCCGGGUAAACGACAUGCUGGAAGGGAAGUACACAUCUAUGUGGCAGUACGGAAAGCACAAACUCCAUGAGAUCGGCCUCCGAGGGGUUUUCUCGGGUUACACGCUCUCUUUCCUGAAAGAAUCCCUCGGCUACGGCCUCUUCUUCGGAUCGUUUGAGUAUGUCAAACAACAAGCUUACUUCUCAUAUUUGACAUGGUACUACGGCCGAAGGAGGCGAAAAAACCACGCAGAGCAUGUCACCAUCCGUCCGCAUUACGCCCUCGAACCGGCCUUCCUGCUCUUAGCCGGAUUCUCGGCGUCGUUUACCCAACAGGUAGUUCAGCACCCGUUAGCCAAGAUCCAGGAUGUGCAUUAUGGAAGAUUGGAAUCCCUUGAUUAUGCGUCGAAGAUGCAGCAUACCUCGGCUCUGAGGGGGUACGCGCACGGCUACGAGAAGACGUUCGCGCAGUGUAAAAAGCAGGCGGCAAGGGUUGGCGGAUGGAGUAAGUGGUUGUAUAAAGGAUUUGCGCUCAACACGCUGAGGCAGGUGCCCAGCACAGCUGCAGGAUUGAUCGUGUUUGAGCUGGUGAGGAGGAGGUUUGGGGAUGCGGCGGAGGCGGUUGCUAUUGAGUAUGAGAAUUCCACGAUUCUGUUGUCGUAGGCAGAGGGAGUCAGCAUGGUUACUCAAACGUCUGUUGGGAGGGCGGAGAGAUGGUUGUUUACGCGGAAAGUGCCCUAGAGGCAUUUUGUGGACGAUGUUUGGUGGGGACGUUUACGUAUUAUGGGGCACCCAUGCUGGAUUUACUCACUCUGCUCUUGCUUGAGGGGUUUUAGAUUGAUUGUGAUAGACUUUUAGAUGGCUUCCCCCGUUUUUCGUUCCCUCUCUUCUUUCCUGGAUGAGUUGGGGUCGGUAGAGUUAAGGGAAAAUAGAUGUAUUAUAACGCACAGCGGGGAUAUCUGUACGAUAUAUUGCGGCGCAAAUAUGGAGAAAUAAUGGGCUUGUUCAGAUUAUUCAUCUAGCGAGUGACUCAGGACCCUUGACCGGUGGAAGGACAACCUGAGCAAGCGUGUUCUGAGGUCCUCCGGGCCAUCCAAAACGCCGAAACCGCUACACGAUCAG